AAGAAGACGAAUGGAGGGAAGAAGAAUGGUGGAGAGAAGAGAAGAGAGAAGAAGCAGAUGAAGGCUGAAUUAAGAAAAAGGAGGAGAGAGAUAGGGGGGGGGUGGAACCACGGAAAAUAAGGGGAGAGGAAAGAAGAAGUGGAAUAAACUGAUGGAGGAAGGUUGGCGGAUGGUGAGACAGAGACAGGCGGCGGGCAGAAUCUGAUGGAUUAAUGGCAGGGCGAUGCGCACCCGAAGUCUUUCCAGGCCCCCAGUCGUCCCUGUGAGCAAAAGAAGAUAAGAGGGGGACAGAGGAACCGAUCAAGAAAGAAAGAGGGGGAGAAAUGGGAUAAAGAGGACAAACGAGCACAACGCAGAAUCCUCAGUCCGGAGAGAAAGCUCCUGAUUGUCUUCCCUCUCCAUCCAUCGCAGCUUUCCAACUCUCCAAACUUUUGACCUCAUGUCAGGACGCGCCGUUCGAGCCGAGACAAGGAGCCGGGCAAAAGAUGACAUCAAGAAAGUGAUGGCUGCUAUCGAGCACGUCCGGAGAUGGGAAAAGCGUUGGGUGACCGUGGGGGAUACUUCUUUACGGAUCUACAAGUGGGUACCUAUCGUGGACCCUCGGGAUGAGGAAAAAAGACGGCUAGAAGGUAGCAAAGAGCAGGAACAGACCAAACGGAGAAGGUUGCAGGUGUCUGCUCCUCGGAGCAAUUCUGCUCUGCUCAUGUUGGAUCUGAAUGACGAGAACAGCAACCAGAGUUCUCUUUCGGAGACUUCCCUGCUGAAAGGGGGAGACACCAGCCCCAGCCCCACCCCGGAUCGAAGCCAGACGGUGACUCCCACCCUCUUAGGGGAGCUGAAGACAGAGGAUUUGCAGCCCCCUUUGUUGGGGCAACAGGGAGAUCCUGGGAUGUGCCUUCUGGAGGGAACUGAUGAUCCACCCAAGCUUAGCAAAGAAGAACCAGAUCUCAAGACAUCCGAUUUCCAGGCCACGGAUACAGCAGCUUGCUUGGAACCCAGCAAAGGCUUGGAGGGACGAAUGACUGAACUGGAGGAAUCACCUUUAGGAGCUCCCUCCUUGAAGCGGAUCCAACCAGAGGCACGAGCUUUGGAGCCCAGCCCGCCCUCUGAGGUUUAACCUUAAGCUUAAAUUCAGGGCUAUCCUUCCCACCUCCUCUGACGGAUGGAUCUACG